AUGGCCGAGAAUGCAGGCCGGCCGGCCCGAGAACCGACCAAAGCAAAAUCUCGCAAGACCGAUCCGAACGCUCCGAUUCGGAAACGCCGCAAGAGAACAGUGGUGAGCGGAGCGCCCGACGACUGCUUUACCUGCUCCAAACGAGGAGCCCGAUGCGACCGACGGCGUCCAUACUGCUCCCAGUGCCUCGAACUCGGCCGCGAAUGUUCCGGAUACAAAACGACGCUGACAUGGGGAGUGGGUGUGGCAAGUCGAGGGAAGCUGCGCGGUCAGAAGCUGCCAGUGAUGGACUCGGCGGAGGAAGCAGGAGGCAGUGCUGCGAAGGACCAACAGCCAUUGCCGUCUAGCAGCCAGAGUCAGCCCUCGUCGCAAUCAAUACCUACCACCAUCCCAGGCCCAGUGCCGACUCCGAUGCCCCCAACCGGGACCGCAGCGCCAGUAAUAGAUGUCGGGGGAUUACAAACGGUCGAAGCAGAGGACCGACGAGCAUCGGAUAUGUCGAAUAUGUCGGAUAUGUCGAGAACUAUGGCGUGGACGAUGGACAUGCCGGACCCGCACACAUGGUCAAGCGUAUCUGCGGCGCCACCUCAAAUAUCGGGACUCCCGUUGCCCAGCCGGCCAGUGACUUCAAAUCGCCUGAGCCCAAGCAUAUCAGAAGCAUCAAUGCACUAUGCACCGACACUAAGCCCCGAGGCCUCAUUCUCUACACCAGUGUGGCCCGUCGCAAGGAACUGGACCGCCAAUAAUAAUGUGACGCCGCCGCUACAAGAUGCCGACGAGGAGUUGGAAAGAACAGAGCGCAAGCAGUUUAUGCUGUGGAAUGCCGGCCAUUCACCUUCAUACUCUCAAUUGCUUUUGGCUCGGUCGAUAGGCCGCACGCCUCGACUCCGGUAUCUAAUUAGUUACUUUACCGAAGUCAUUGCUCCUAUGAUUGUCGCCUUUGACACGCCGACAAACCCGUUUAAGACUCACAUUCUCCGCCUGGCUCUAGAGAGUGAGGCUCUCCAGGAGGCAAUUGCGACAUUGUCAACAAGCAAUCUGCGCCAGCGCCGCGAGAAGAACCACCACUCCACCGAGAGAACCUUGCCCGCUCGCAUGUCAGGAUUAGCGCAUCGAGCUCUCACGGAUGAGGCGUUCCAGGAUACAUAUGGUAUUUCAAUGACCGAGGGCUACAUGCGCGAGGAAAACUACCAUCGAGGAAUGGCUGUGAAAGCAUUGAAUGCCGACUUGGCCGACCCCCGUCGCAGGUUAUCGGAUUCGGUGUUGGGAACACUGCUCAUUCUGUGCUUGUUCCAUGGCUGUGACACCGGCGUGGCCGAGUUCCGUGCUCAAUUUGCGGGCGUCACAAGACUGCUCGCCAUCCGCAUGCGACAUUCGCGGGUUAUGACGGAUGAUCUCAAAUGGUUCAUUCGGAUGUUCUCAUGGUUCGACACUCUGACCGCCACCACCAAUGACCGCGAUGUCCAACUGCGCGGAAAGUGCUUAGAGAUCAGCUCGACGACAGAUGGAGAAUGGGGAUUGGAGAACCUGGCAGGUUGUGAUGGUCGACUAUUCAAAUUGAUUUCUCAGCUGGGCCGUCUUAAUCUUCUCAGCCAGGAUCAAGAGCCCAAUCUUUCCAAGCCAGCUGAUGUCAGUGUACCGACCGCGUCUCUGCCUCCCAAUAUGCUGUUCCCGGGCUGGGACACAGUCACUCCCACUACGGUUCCGGGAUCCAUAGCAGGCCCUGACUUUGGAUUUGCCAUGCCAACGCCCCCGCAGAGCAGUGAUCAGUCCCGUAAACCCUCAUCGCCAGCCUUCUGGACGGAAUGGUUCUCAUUACGGCAACGCCUCGAGUCCUGGCGAUUCGACCCGCCGGCAGAGGCCUCCUUCCCCACGCCUCCUCCCUCCGCUUCCGACAACUUUCCUCCUAGUUCAUCUUCCAACUUCACCCCUACCUUUACACCUGCUCCUGCACCGAAAUCCGGGUCAUAUUAUGUGGCCCAUGAAAACCUCCAGGAUGUCUACCAGAUCUCCGAAUGCUUCCGCCAUGCCGCAUUGCUCUAUUGUGAGCGGCUAGCAGAGCCGAGUCUCCCAUCCCGACACCCACGCAUUCAGCAUCUUGUUCAUCUCGCCAUGCACUGUCUGUGUGCUGUACAAUCGGAUGUAUAUCUGCUGUGGCCACUGUUCAUCGUAGGCUCCGAGUGCGUUCAAGCCAACCACCGGGAAGCCAUUCGUCACCGUUGCAAGGACAUAUCCAAAGACUCUGGGUUUGUGAACAAUCUCUCUUGUCUGGAACUGCUGGAACGGAUCUGGGCGGACCAUUCUGACGAGUCCUCAUUCCCUAUCUACCCCUCUGAACUGGGCCCUCCGCCACCGCUGGAUGGCAGUGAAGCGACCAGCACUCAUGCUUUCCGCUGGUCCCGUGUCAUGCAGGCUAAAAGGGGCGACGGAGAGUACAUGGUUGCAUAA